CCCGGUUAGCGGCGCGGAUUCUCCGGUGCCCCGCUGCUGCGGACUGACCCGGGAACGGAGACCGAACUCCGCCUCUGCUCGGAGCCGGACCGACUGCGACCUGCGGGGGCGACGGAACCGGACCCAGACGGUACCGAGUACCGGACCCUGAAGAAAACAACAACAACAAAACUAACAGGAGGAAGUUUGGAGAGAAACAGCUGCUCCACGUUUCCAUGGAAACGGAGAUGAGAGACGGGUCCCAUCUGGAUUCUCUUCGGGGAGGUGAUAGGAUGGAGGAUGAAGCCACGCCUCCUGGUUGCUGGUGCUCCUGCAGGUCCACUUCAGUACAAAAGGUGGCGUUCACCGCCUGCCGCGGAGCCGCAGCCUCCUCCUCUGCACCAUCAGCUUCUCUGGAGGGUCAGGAAUGUUCCCCCGCGGCGUUUGCCUCAGCAGCUGCCCUCCAGGACCCCUCCUCUCCGGCUCGGACCCGUCCGGCUACGGCAGCCGGGACUCGAACCUCCUCAGCUUCAGGCAGAUGGAGCUUGGCUCCUCCGCCCAGUGCAGCGGUGGACAUCUGUCCAUGAGACUCCACCCACUGCUGGACUCCUACGACCAGGACGACUGCAGCCUCAACAACGCCAAGCGGGCCAGAGUGGAAAACACCAUCCGAGGGAUGAUCUGCACGGAUGCCGGCGCCGCCGCAGAUCAGGAGUCCUACCAGGAGGAGCUUCAGCACGCCGUCGUCCACCACAGACCUGAAAACACAGGUGAGGAGCAGGAGACGGGACAGCACCUCCACCUCAGGAGGAGCUUCAGCCACAUCCUGUCCGACUGUGGGAGGGAGGAGAAGCCCCCCUUCUGCAGCCUGUCUGCUGCACCUCCUGCAGGAGAUGAAGGUCUCCUCAGCAGGAGGUGCCGUGGAUGGAGGAAGGUAAAGCCCAGGAGCUUCUUCCAGUCCAGACCCGAGGGACUCCAACUGAUGGCAGACGUCUUCAAGUCCGAACUGUCCCGAGCUGUGAGCAGGAGCGUGGACGCCAUCUUCAGGAGCAUGCCGCUGCUGCCGGCCUCAGAGGAGGACGCAGACGCCGCUCCUCAGGCGGAGAAGAAGUGGAGCUCCUUCUGCUGCGGCGCUGCGGACGUCCACGUUCCGGACGUCCAAACAGAAGCUCUGUCUCUGGUUGUGCAGCGGCCUGAUCUGGAAAGAUCUGCAGCUCCUCGCCAUCCCAAACCGCCAUCCCUCCUCUGCCACGACGCCGCCGAGGGGGAGGAGCAAAGGCCGGGCAGGAGCAGCAGCGCUGUCAGUGGUCUUCAGGACGCAGAACCGCGGCGUGAGGCGCCCUGGAGGCCAAAAGUGAACUCCAGGUCUGUGCGGAGUCCUCAUCAGGCGGCGGCGGUGGAACCGCUUCCCCCGGAGAGUCGGUGUCCACCCGGGGUGAAGAUGGAGUCAGACGGCGUGCUCAGGAGUCAUCUGUACGCCGUGAACGAAGGUCUGACAGCAAACCACCUGAAGAAGGCCAAGCUCAUGUUCUUCUACACCCGCUACCCCAGCUCCCUGGUGCUGAGGACGUGUUUCCACGACGUCCAGUUCUCGCGCUGCAUCGCCUCUCAGCUCAUCAAGUGGUUCAGCAACUUCAGGGAGUUCUACUACAUCCAGAUGGAGAAGUGGGCCCGGGCGGCGCUGCUGGACCUCCGGGAUCUGACUGUGGGCAGAGAAUCGGAACUUUUCAGAGCUCUCAACAUGCACUACAACAAAGCCAACGACUUCCAGGUCCCCGACUGUUUCCUGGAGGUGGCCGAGGUCACGCUUCGAGAGUUCUACGCUGCGAUUUCACUGGGAAAAGACCGCGACCCGUCCUGGAAGAAAGCCAUCUACAAGGUCAUCUGCAAGCUGGACACAGAGGUUCCAGCAGAGUUCAGAGGUCACCUGGGAGUUUAGGAACCGCGGCGGGAUCCGGGCUGAACAGCAUCAGUUUUUAGUGUUGCAUUGUGGGCGAUUUACCGUUUUGUCUUUGAGUUGGACGGCCUUUAUUUUGAAAUUUAGAGGAAACAAAAUCACACAAAGGUAACAGUUUUAGUCAAACUUUUUAUAUUUACAUCCAUAAAUAUACAUUUAAGUACUUUAUACACAAUAUGUAAAAACAACACAGGAUUCUUGGAAAUCCAACCGCUUGGCGGUUUUUCUUCUCCAGGAACGUGUUGCCGUCACGACCUACAGGUGUGAUGUCACCUACAGGUGUGAUGUCACCGUCUUAGAAUCAAAGGUUUUCUUUGGAGUCCAUGAAGUCCAACGUUCUCCAAAAAAAACCAACCAGACUCAAACUCUGGACGUCACGUGGGAGAACCGACCGCUGGAAGUCUUUGAGUG